AUAACCAUUCAUCAAUACUCGGUCCUGAAGGGAACUGAAAAUGCGUGUCAAUCAAAAGGAAUCAGUUCAUUUGAUGUUGAGUUAGCGUACGGUUUUGUCUGUCCUUCGAUACCGUAAACAAGUGUGCACUGCGCUACCUUCAAAGGAUGUUUACUAAAGGCUUCAUUGUUGCGAUAACGCUUGUACACAUGUGGUUAGGCACGUCGUGCAGUUUGGAGCGUAUGAUCCCCGAGGAUACACUCAUUGGACCGUUGGUUGAACAAGUGAUGCGUUCGCUGCUGUUGCGCUACUUUCGAAGUGCACGUUUGCUUCUUCUUGGUUGCUAUAGUGAGCUUGGCGAACCAUCUGACGAAUGGUUCUCCCUUCUUGAAAUUCCCUUACUGACAUUCACACACGAACUGGCGGAUGACGGAUUCAUGGAUUGGAUUCAACCGACGGUAGAAGAUAAUGACCAGCUCAUCCAACGCAUGAACAGUACUGGUGUCCUAAGUGCUCGAGACAAUCUGUUUGUAAUGCCGGACCAUGCCGAAGUCGGAGUGGUGCUCUUGUUCACUACAGUGCGCCACUUUGCACGUUACUGUCAAGAUCGCCACCCAUUGCAUGAGCGUGAGCGUUAUGUGCAUGCAAACUAUUUGGUGUUCAUACAGCAGUCAAGCUAUUCGCUAGAGGAACUACGCCCAACCGUUUACUGACUAUGGCGCUACAGCUCUAUUCUAAAUCUCGUCAUAUCUAUUGGGCCACUUACCGACCCAACGGCAGAUGGUCUAAAGCUACACUUCUUCAAUCCCUUUCAUGCAGAGAAAACGGAACAGCUGUUGACGUUCUAUGUCGGGGAGGAUUUUGCGAUGAGUCCUACCGCUGACAAUAAGCUAAACAUAUUUAAUGGCUUACCGAUACGUUGUACGGUAUUUCCACGCAAUCCAACGCUCCUACCAUGGGACAGUCUGCCCGCGUCAUUCCGUGAGGUGCAUUACGUACAGCAGUCCGUCCGAGCCUCCAAUGGGUCGGGUGGGCUGGACGGGAUGUUGUUGGGCAAUUUGGCAGUGGCACUGAAUUUUACUGCCGAAACGAUGGACGCCUCGGAUGGCCAGGAAUACGGCUAUCGGUUGAAGAAUGGUACCUUUGUUGGAUCAUUAGGGGAUCUGCUGCAGUACCGGACGGAUGUAUCAUUUAACGUUCGCUUCAUGAAGUACUAUGAUACUCACGGAAUCGAGUUUUUGCACCCAAUAUACUCUGACCAGCUGUGCAUCCUGUCUCCAAAAUCGUUGGAAAUUCCGCAAUGGUUGGCGAUUUUUCUCUGUUUUCAUCCGUACGUUUGGACGUCGUUUGUAGUGGUUGGAUUUGCCGGCGGCUACUGUUGGUUCCUGCUGAAGCGCUGGACCAUGCGCAAAGUGAGCCGCUAUAGAGAGCAUUUGCUUAAAGGGGAUCGGGCCCAAUACACUGUACUAUCGAUCGAGAUGUGGCUGGUACUGCUCGGUGCAAGCUCUACCUAUUUGCCAGUGCGGAUGAUCGAAAGGACACUUCUAGUCGCAUUCCUGAUAGCCAACGUUAUUAUCUCCGGAACAUUCCAGGGCACCUUAACUACAGCGUUCAGCACGAAAUCGUACUACAAAGAUCUGAACACGCUGGCAGCACUGGACAAGUCGGAAUUGCCAAUCGCCACCUCCUCCCGCUCGCUGCUCGACAUAUUCGGUAACGAUUCGCUCAGUCCAUUGUACCAGUCGCUGAAGGGGAAGCUUCAAAUCUUGAACGAAUCCGCCCGACAUCGGGCUGCGUUUCAGCGGGAUGUGUGCUGCAUCGAGCGUCAUUCGGACGUGCAUCUGAUCAUUAACACGGAAUACAUUCGACCAAACGGACAGCCGAUGCUGCACGUCGUUGAUGAAUGUCCACGAGUGUACUCGCUGGCGUACAUUGUUCGAAAAGGGUGGCCAUUCGCACCACUGUUCAAUGCCGCCAUAUAUCGGUUCGUGGAGUCGGGUCUGUGCAUGAAAUGGUACGAAGACACCGAGGCGGCACUGAUCCUGCAGAAGCGCAUCAGACAGCUGAGGGAGCAAGAGGAAGAACCGGCGCUUCGAAAGCUCACCAUGAUCGAUAUGCAAACAUCCUUCUACAUCAUGGGUCUGGGAAUGUUGAUCAGCUUUAGCGUAUUUAUCGUGGAAACGUUUGUCGGAAGAGGCCUUAAGUGUAGCCAACUCUAGAAUGAAAAGAAGCUUAUCAUGC